CAGCUGGGAGUAAAUUCAUCGAACAGUUGUUUCCAGCAAACAUUUAUACUAACAUUCCUCUAUUUCGCGUUGGUUCUUGUUCCUGUGAUACUUAGAAGUGCACACGUAAAGUAUACUGAUCUCACUAUGCACAUCUCCUGCAUCUUCGCGGUUGCUAUCAGUGUCCUUCUAACAAUAAACUUUCCGGGAGCGGAUGGUGGCGAACCUUUUAAGGCGAAGAUCUUUGGGAAGUUUAAUUUUAAAUCCAAGCUGGAAUAUUUGGAAGGAGACUCCUGCAAGGAUUUGGCACCAGCGAAUCGAGAAAAAGCAUCCGCAAUUGAGCCGUAUGACACUUGCGUGAUAAUGUGGUCAGAGCCUGGAUGUACAGGUUUAUCUAAGCAGGUGAGGAAGGACACUGCAAACCGGGAAAAUUUAAAACUACUAAAUUUCGAUAAUAUACUAUCCUCCGUUGGACCUUGCCCAAAGCUGUGCUGUUGAAAAUACUGUUAAGACUUCCCAUGUGGCAAAAUUUCUAGAUUGAUACCCAGUAAUAAAUAAGCUUUUUAUCGUCAA